AUGUUCAUAUUCGUUUAUUAUAAUCUGUUACGCUCUUUUCACGGUUAUGUUCUCCAUGAAUUCAAGGUUGCUGCAUAUGAUUUCGGGAUCAAGCAUAACAUACUGAGGCGCUUGGCAUCAUAUGGCUGCAAAAUCACUAUAGUCCCUUCAAACUGGCCAGCUUCAGAAACUUUAAAGAUGAACCCAGAUGGAGUACUUUUCAGAAAUGGCCCAGGUGACCCAUCUGCAGCUCCUUAUGCAGAUGAAACAGUCAAGAACAUAGUUUGA